AUGGCGGAGACGCACCACACCGAAAUCGUCGACGGCCACCCCGGCCACCUGCACUCGUACCCUCCUCCCCUCCGUCUCCAGGGCCAGGACGGUCGUCCCAAGCCCCACAUCGGUCCCGACUUUGCCGCCUACAAGGCAGAGUGGGAAAAGUCGGUCGGCCCCAACUCGGACGAGUGGUGGGCCACCAAGGCUCGCGAGUCCCUCACCUGGUUCACCGACUUUGACACUGUUCGCGCCGGUGGCUUUGAGUUUGGCGACAUCCAGUGGUUCCCCGAGGGCACCCUCAACGCCGCUUACAACUGUGUUGACCGUCACUACUAUGCCAACAAGGACAAGACUGCCAUCAUCUACGAGGCCGACGAGCCCAGCGAGUCGCGCCCCAUCUCGUACGAGGAGCUCUUCCACGAGGUCUGCCGCGUCUCCAACGUCCUCCGUCAGUGGGGUGUCAAGAAGGGCGACACCGUCUCGGUCUACCUCCCCAUGACCUGGCAGGCUGUUGCCGCCUUCCUCGCCUGUGCCCGUAUCGGUGCCGUCCACUCGGCCGUCUUCGCCGGUUUCUCCGCCGAGUCGCUCCGUGACCGUGUCAACGACUGCGAGUGCAAGGUCCUCAUCACCACCGACGAGGGUCGCCGUGGCGGCAAGAGCAUUGCCACCAAGGCCAUUGUCGACGCCGCACUCACCCAGUGCCCCCUUGUCGAGCACGUUCUCGUCCUCCGCCGCACCGGCGCCAAGGUCCCCAUGACCGAGGGCCGUGACAAGUGGUGGGACGAGGAGUGUGAGAAGGUCCCCACCUACUCGGCCUGCGAGCACAUGAACGCCGAGGACCCCCUCUUCAUCCUCUACACCUCCGGCUCGACCGGCAAGCCCAAGGGUGUGGUCCACUCGACCGCUGGCUACCUCCUCGGUGCCUACCUCACCGUCAAGUACGUCUUUGACGUCCACCCCGACGACAAGUUUGCCUGCAUGGCCGACGUCGGAUGGAUCACUGGCCACACCUACAUCGUCUACGGCCCCCUCGCCCUCGGUGUCACCACCACCGUCUUCGAGUCGACCCCCGUCUACCCCAACGCCUCGCGCUACUGGGACUUUGUCGACAAGUGGAAGGCUACCCAGCUCUACACCGCCCCCACCGCCAUCCGUCUCCUCCGCCGCAUGGGCGACGAGGCCGUGGCCAAGUACGACCUCUCGUCGCUCCGUGUCCUCGGAUCCGUCGGCGAGCCCAUCAACCCCGAGGCCUGGCACUGGUACAACGAGCAGGCCGGCAAGGGCGGUCAGUGCGCCAUCGUCGACACCUACUGGAUGACCGAGACUGGCUCGCACGUCAUCACCCCCCUCCCCGGCUGUAUCGCCACCAAGCCCGGCUCGGCCACCUUCCCCUUCUUCGGCUUUGAGCUCGACAUCAUCGACCCCCAGACCGGCAAGGUCCUCGAGGGCGACGACGUCGAAGGUGUCCUCGUCGCCAAGAAGCCCUGGCCUUCUAUCGCUCGUACCGUCUACCGCGACCACAAACGCUACCUCGACACCUACUUCCGUCCCUACCCAGGCUACUUCUUUUUCGGGGACGGGGCAUCCCGUGAUUGUGAAGGCUACCUCUGGAUCAAGGGACGUGUUGACGAUGUUAUCAACUGCUCUGGCCACCGUCUCUCCACCGCCGAGGUUGAGAGUGCCCUCAUCAUGCACUCGGGUGUCAGCGAGACCGCCGUUGUCGGUAUCCCCGACGACCUUACUGGCCAGGCCGUCAUUGCCUUUGUUGUCAUGAAGGGCGCCUACGACAGCAGCGAGUCCCUCGCCCAGUUGACCAAGGAGCUCUCCAUCCAGGUCCGCAAGGUUAUCGGCCCCUUCGCCGCCCCCCGCAAGAUCUACAUUGUCACCUCGGUCCCCAAGACCCGCUCGGGCAAGAUCAUGCGUCGUCUUCUCCGCAAGAUUGCGUCGGGCGACGACUCGCUCGGUGACACCUCGUCGCUCGAGGACCCCAACGUUCUCGAGAACAUCAAGCAGGUUGUUGCUGCCAACAAGUAA